CUUGUUCUUGGUCCUGAGUCCUCACUCCUUGUGGUUCUCCUCUCAUAUUUUUUUUGAGGGGAGGUUCUCCUCUCAUAUUCCGCCACUUCUCUUCCAUUAUUCGCCAACUGGCGGAACCUGAUCAGCACCACUCACGACCGAACUCUCCUCCUAUAAGAGGCACCCUUGGCAGCUGCCUCCCCACAGCAGCCCACACGAAGUCCAUAGAGUCUAGAACUUAGAAGUGUCCCUAUCCUUCUCUUUCUCCUCUUCCCCCAGGGAUUAGAGCCUUAGAAACUCACCAAGCUCUCUCUAGUCCACUUCCCCACUCUGUUUCUAUUACCAUUUCCUCUUACACUCACCAUUGACCAACUUCUCCACCACCUGGGAAUCAAAUAAGCUCCCUCUUCAGCGAUCCUUUCAAUUCUUUAUUCUAACAGAUGGCGUCCAGUUCCCUGAGCUCCUCCUGGACCCCAAAGCAGAACAAGUUGUUUGAGACGGCCUUGGCCAAGUACGACAAGGAAACGCCCGACCGCUGGCACAACGUGGCCCGGGCCGUCGGCGGGAAGUCGGCCGAAGAGGUGAAACGGCACUACGAAAGGCUUGUUGAGGACAUCAGGCAGAUCGAGUCGGGCCACGUGCCAUUCCCGAGUUACCGGUCGUCUGGCGGAAGGGGCUGAAGUUUCUAAAGUUCCAGUGAAGCAAAAAAUAGGAAGCAAUGACUGUGUUUAUAUCAAGUAGCAUGGGCAAUAAUUCUUCUCUGGUGAUUCAGAUAGAAUUUCAAGAAGUAAAAAGCCUGAUGCAUAUAUGCAACUUCUAGAUGAAGAUCAGAUGUCACUGAACUUGUUGAAGCCUUCUGUUUCUAUUCUUAUGUAUCAUCCCUUCACUUCCAUCCUAUUGUAAGUCAAUUGAAGACUGUCAUAAAAUGUCUGGCUAGUCUUCUAAUCUGUGUUCUUAUUAUUUAAUGAAGCUAAGUUUGAUAUUAAAUA